AGUCUAGUUUACCAACCUGCAUUACGCUCAUUUGAUCAGUUGGCUCUGGAACAGGUUACAAUGUAUUAUUCUGCAAGGAAAGACUGCUCAUGGAAUGGAAUUCCCAAGUUCUACAACACCAGGCAUGAUGACCAAAAAGUACCUUUUUCCCAAGUAAUCUUUGGACUUCGAGCAGCAGGAAAAGCUAAAAUGACUCAAGAUAGGAUCCAACUUAAAAAGUUUUUAAGUAAAACAGUGUCACUUCCUGAUCAGUACUUAGCCAUAAGGAAGGACCAAGCACAGCAUGCCAAAGCAUCAGCAGAUGGGAGUUCUACCGGAACUCAAGCACAGAGAUUUACAGAGUGGAUGAAACGUCGAACUGAAUUCAUCAGUGACAAAAAUGGAAUUUCCAUUUCAUCUGAGUACGACCUAAGUGAUGGCAGGAUACGUUUCCAUUUGCCACUGGAGGAAGAGAAGAUAUUCCCCAUAAUUAUUCAAAAUAAAUCAAGUGAAUCAGUGAUCUUUACACAGUACAAAGUGUUGCGUAAAAUGCGUAUCUUCUCAUUUGAAGACGAAUACAAGGUGUCCCUGAGUAAACCCAUAAAGCUGGCUCCAGGCGAUGAAUAUGAAAUUAAAGUUUACAGCUGCACAGCUCACUAUGGGUAUUUUCCCAUUACACUUGUGUUUGAGUUUAGAAGAGACAGUAACAGUCCAAGCUUUCAUAUUGGAAGGUUUUUGUCCGCUGUUUCCAACAGUAAAUUAGCUGAGCGGCUGGGUCCAACAUCGAAGUAUAUCCCAUUUCAAAGAAAUUUCCGCAAACCAAUCAAAAGGAUUGAAGAUGAUGGUUUUCCUCCAGAAAGUUCAUUGAACUAUGAAUUAGAAAGGGAGAUUCCACUAGGUGACUUCACUCCUCCUCACAAUCUAAGAAGUGACAUCAUAAAUGGCCUAUUUGCUAAUUCUGGAAGCACCACAAGUUCCUCAUCCGUUGGCAAUGAUCACAGGGACCUCUUGGCCAGUUCUUUGGCCUUCAGCAACUACAGCAAGAAAUUUCAUUUGCUGAUGCACUUGGAGGAGAUACAGAUGGAACUUGACAUCCGACGGUAUGAUCGGACAGACCAGCUAAUGGAACACGAUCCUAGGGAUAAGCGGCUUUUGAUUCUGAAUGUCCCUGGUGUUGCUGAAAACAGGCCCUCGGUGCUAAGGGGGGACCACCUGUUUGUUACUUUGUCUGAUGAACGCGGAAAGCCUGGAAUCAUCAGCUACAAAGGCUACGUGCACGGUGUCGAACUGGAGAGGGUGAAGCUUGGAUUUUCUCAAAACCUCUUGAGAAGAUUUCUUAAUGGCUUGUAUUUUGAUGUGACUUUUACUUUUAAUCGCCUUCCACUGAAAAUCCAGCACCGAGCAGUAAAUGUGGCUAAAGACAAAAACCUGGAUCAGAUUCUCUUUCCAGAAGCUUCUCAUGGCAAAUGUAUUACUGACUCUCAGCGACUGAUCCUUUAUGACAGAAUCCUUGAAAGCAACCCAGAGCAGUACAAUGCUGUGAAACAAAUUCUCAGUGGAAUAUCUAGACCUGCUCCUUACCUUAUCUUUGGACCCCCAGGGACUGGAAAAACGGUUACCUUGGUUGAAGCUAUCAAGCAAGUGGUGAAGUGCAUCCCCAACUGCCAUGUGCUGGCAUGUGCCCCCUCUAACAGUGCAUCAGACCUGCUCUGCGAGCGCCUCAUCAAGCAUCUUGACCAAGGACAAAUUUACAGAAUAAUAGCCAGCAGUAGGGACUUUCGAACUGUGCCAGAAAAUAUCAAGCCGUGCUGCAACUGGGAUAAAGAUAAGGAAAGCUUUGUCUUCCCCAGUAAACAUUAUCUGAAAAAUUACAAAGUCAUCAUCACAACUCUUGUAACAGCUGGAAGGCUGGCAUCUGCAAACUUUCCAAGGGGACACUUUUCUCAUGUGUUUAUUGAUGAGGCUGGUCAUGCAGUGGAACCUGAAUGUGUGACAGCUAUAGCAGGUAUUUUGGAUGCCAUGGAUCCAGAAAACAAUGUAGAUGGAGGACAGCUUGUUCUUGCUGGUGAUCCAAAGCAGCUCGGCCCAAUACUUAGAUCGCCUAUUGCCAUAGAACAUGGACUAGGCAUCUCUUUGCUGGAAAGGCUGAUGACCCAGAAUGACCUCUACAGGAAAGUGAAUGACUGCUAUGACCCGAAAUUUGUCACUAAGCUACUCAGGAACUACAGAUCUCACCCUAGUAUCCUAAAGAUUCCCAAUGAACUAUUUUAUGACAAUGAGCUUAAAGUGGCUGCAGAUGAGAUGGCAUCAAAAAGCUAUUGCAACUGGGAGAAGCUUCCCCAAAAGGGAUUUCCAAUAAUUUUUCAUGGUGUUCAUGGAAAAGACGAACGAGAAGGCAACAGCCCUUCCUUUUUUAAUGUUAAUGAGAUUGAAGAACUGCUCAUAUACCUCAAAGCUCUUUUUGAGACACAGGGCAAGAAAUGCUUGGCCAAAAUUGCUCCCAAGGAAAUCGGUAUCAUCUCUCCUUACAGGAAACAGGUGGAGAAAAUUCGCCAAGCUAUUAAAAGUGAACUUUAUGCUGUGCCUGGUAUCGCAGAACUAAAGGUUGGAUCAGUGGAAGAAUUUCAAGGCCAAGAGCGUAAAGUGAUUCUGAUAUCCACAGUGCGAAGUUCUCAGGAUUAUGUUAAAUUUGAUGAAAGUUUUAGUCUUGGAUUCCUGAAGAACCCAAAGAGGUUUAAUGUGGCUGUUACUAGAGCAAAGGCGCUCUUAAUUCUUAUCGGCAACCCAAGGAUACUUAACAAAGAUCCAAACUGGUCUAAGUUUCUGAAGUAUUGUUCAGAUAAUGGCAGUUGCACAGGCUUUCCACUUGAAGAUGUGUUUGAUAGCGGUAUAGAAGAUCUUCUGGCUGACUUAGAUAUAAAUGACCCACCACCUGGGCAAGAGACUGGAGAGAGCUUUAUCCAGCAGCAAGCUGAGCCAGAUUGGAGACACGAACACUGAAUCAUUCAUACUUUACUUGGUUGUAUUGGGCAAUGUCAAAUCGGAGACACAGGGCAACAAACCCUCUCUAGAAACACGCGUGGAAACCACACUUUGCAACUUUAAUUCAACUAAUCCCUAAAAAACCACAACAUGCCAUGUUAUCACAAACCACAAAGUAAAUGCAUUUAAGUGUUUUUUUUCCUUCGUCACCUUCACUGCAUAAAAGGGUUUUAAAUGAGUUAUAUCACAUCACAUAUGAGCACAUCACAUAUAAAUUCUGCUGUAAAAUUAAUUGUAUGGGUAUAGCAGAGCAAACUGUUAUAUGUAUUUUUAUUUUUAUAUCCAGCACACAUGGUAAGCAAGCAUCGAAGCAAGAAAUAAUAAAACAUUGUGAAAUAUUUUAGAAAUAAAGAGACUGGGAUAUAAAUAAGGUGUACAUUAUUUCAAAAAAGCAUAUUGUAAAUGUUAAUCUAUUUAAUUAAAGAAAAAUAUUGUAAUUUAUGGAAAUAAAUAUACAUU